AAACAUGAACGUUUGUCUCGCGAUAUUUGGCUUGUGACUGGAGCAAAAUUUAAAUUGUGUUCUAACCCGGAGAUCGAAAAAGCUAAUGUGUUUGUGACACGGCUUUAUAGAAAAUCGGCAGAUUUACCCUUUGUGACAACUUACUGAAAGAUGUCUACAUCAGGAGAUGAGAUCCAGCGACUUCAAUGUAAGCUGAAAGAAACAGAGGAUGCACUGCAGAAAGCAGCCCAAUAUGGCCUUCAGCUGCUUGACGGGCAGCUGGAUUUGCAGAACAAGCUGGAGGAGCAGCAAAUCGAGAUGACCAACACUGUAGAGGGCCUGGAGCAGGAGAAAUACACUCUGCAACGGGAACUGGAGCUAAAAAGUCGCAUGCUGGACAGCUUGCGCAGCGACUAUGAAUCUGUCAAAAGCCAGCAGAAGCUCCAAUUAGAGCAUCAGGAAUCACAGUUGGAGAGAAACCACACUAUGGAGCUAAAUGAGUGCAGGAAACAGAUGGAGAGAGUGAAAGGUGAACUGGAUGAGGCACAGCUCAGUGAGAAGCAGCUGAAGCAUAAACUGGAGCUCCAGACAGAAACUCUGAACAACAAGAUGGAGGAGCUACGUGUGGUUACAGAGCGGGCUCAUGAAACCAUGUCCUCUGAGGUGAUGGAGUUGCAGGUGGAGAAGAUGGACCUGGAAGCUGCAAAGGCCACCUUGGAACAUGCACUUCAGGAGGCCCAGUACAAAGAGCAGCAACUGGUGCUGAUCAACACGAACCUUAAACGCCAAUUGGAGCAGAUCACUGAGGAGAAGGAAGACCGUGAGAGAGAAGCCGUCUCCUAUUUUAACGCCCUGGAGAAAGCCCGGGAAACCAACCAAGAUCUCCAGAUUCAACUGGAUCAGGUGUUGCAACAGGCACAAGAUCCAAACAGCAAGGGAAAUUCUCUAUUUGGAGAGCUUGAGGACAAGCGAGCAGCGAUGGAGAGACAGCUGAUCAGCAUGAAAGUACAGCACCAGUCCCUUCAAAAGCAGCAUGCCUUCUCCAAACAACAGUUACAUCGUAUGAAGGUUCAGAUAGCCACUCUGAUGCAACUGCAGGGCUCUAGGGCUGACCCUGCGCAGCUGGAGCGCCUGCAAUCCAUGCUUUCAGAGAAGAACAGUGAGAUACAGGCCCUCAUGAUUAAACUGCGCCGCUUGGAGAAGGUGGAGAUGACACUGAAGGCGCAGCCUUCUCCGGCCCCAGUGGACGCAGACAGCGGAGAUGGGACCUACUACACAGACCUUCUGAAAAUGCAACUUUCAAAUUCUGCGAAGGACGCAGAGCGGCUUGGGGAUGAAUUGUCUAUGCAAAGGAUGAAGUCACUCUCUGAAAGUCAAAGAGCAUUAGAGCUGGAGAGGAAGCUUUACAGUGCUGAGAGGGCACUCAAGCAGAGCCAGAGUGAUAACAUCAAGCUGCAUGUCAAAGUGGAAGAGCUCAGGUUGAAAUAUGAGCCCAAUGAGAUGAAUCAAAUUCAGAAGCGCAAGCGUGAGAAGCUUCCUGUAGACAUGCCAAGCCAUAUUCCAGAGGUGAAGAUAGAGGAGCCCAUGGUCCCAGAUGUGGGCCUGUCCAAGCCAAAGGAAGAGCGAAAUGAAACAGAGGAGAGGCUCGCUGUUACUGCUCAGCUACCCUCCAACAACCCUGAACCUAACACCGCUUUGCCCAGGGCCGGCAAGUGUGUCCGUAUUUGUGAGGAGCCGCCAUCCACCAUCCCUAACCCUCCCAGCUCUCUUUCAGCUGACUUUAAAAUCAAGACUGAGGAGCUGGAGGUGGAGAUGGAAGUUGGAGACAGGAAAAGAAGAGUUGAAAAGAAAAAGAAGCUAAAAUCUCAAGAAGUCAUCCAUGUUACCUCCCAAAAAACUAUGGAAAGUCAGUGUUCACAGCAGUAGCUGGGAGUUUAUACAGUAUAUUUGUGAAAUCAAGGACUAACAUUUUAAAUAUUUUAAGUUUGUGAAUAUAUGAAUAAAGACAACAUGGAACUAAGUUUGGUUCAUUAACAUGCAGCGAUUUCAUGUAAAAUAAAUAGAAUGUACAACAAAUACA